AUGAAAGGAGAAGCUUGGAGACCUUGUGAGGAGGUGGAAGAAGAAGAAGCGUGCGAAGCUUCUGAGAUGGCCGUCUUCCCGUAUACUAACGGAAUUGCUAGCAAAUUCGCUCAAACUGUUUUAGCUCAACAGUUCUUUGAUUCCCUUGGCUUCCGUGAGAAUCAGAUUCGCGAAGCAUCCAAGGCUAUCACGACGAUUGCAUCCGGAAAAGCAUAUAACACAAUGCCCAGAGAAGCGAUCACCUUUACAGAUGAAGAUAUAUGCUACCCGGGAGAGCACCUUCGUCCUCUAUAUUUGACGGCUUUUAUUAACAAACAACCUCUUAAGCGAGCUUUCAUAGAUGGCGGAGCUUCCCUGAACUUAAUUUCACUACACACAUUAGAGUCCUUGGGAGUGUCAAAGGCAGCAAUUAAGAUGCGUUCGACGACUGUAAGAGGAUUUGGAGGACAGACUCAUACGGGAAUUGGGAUAGUGCAUUUGAUGAUGAAAAUCGGGCCCAUUAGAGCGCUCACGCCUUUUUAUGUACUUGAGGACGACACUACCUUCCAUGUGCUACUAGGGCCAGGAUGGAUUUUGAAUCACAAGGUAGUAGCAUCGACGUAUCACCAAUGUGUCAACACCAAUAUUUAA